UUUGAAUUUCCAAAUCAUCGGCUCGCCGCGUGAUUCGAUACUUGCCACCGUUAAACACUCACGCAAGGAGUGCCCGAGUUGGCCAUCCCUAAAGCAAAGAGUUCCUUUUUUGCCUGACUCCGUUCGGAUUCAGACUAAAAAUCAGACUCCGGCUGGAAAAGCUAGCAUUGAAAUGACAGAGCCAAGAUGUCGAUAUCAAAAUUAUUCGUGAAAGUAUUCAACGAGGAUAUAUUCGAGCAGGCGGACCACGACAAUCUGUACUCGGACCUGGACGAUGACUUGGAGGGGGCGAACUGCUCGACGGUUCCGGAUCCGAGGCCCGCAAAGCUCGCCGAUUUGUCCGUGACCAAGCAAAUGAUUAUUGUGCGAACGUGGCUAGAUGACAAGUUCCAGCAAAUCCAGACGGACAGCAAUGAGGAGAUCCGGCGCCUCUACAUGGAGACGGAGAGCCGCAUCGGCCCCGAUCUGACCAUAUUCGAUGUGGACUACACGACCACGGUGCGUGUGUCCUCGGAUCGCCUGGCCCUGCGCUCCCAGGGCAGCUUUAACACGGUCCGAGCUAAUUGUUGCGUGUACGGCGGUCGCUGGAUGUAUGAGAUUCACCUGCACACCAAGGGCGUCAUGCAAAUCGGGUGGGCCUCCAACUCCUGCCAGUUCAACGAGAACAGCGGUGUGGGGGAUACCAAGUCCAGCUAUGGUUACGAUGGCAGCAAGCAGCAGAUCUGGCAUAUAUCCACCAAGAAGUAUGGCGACAAAUGGCAGAUAGGCGACGUUAUUGGUGUGACCAUCGAUGUGGAGAAAGAAGUGAUCGAGUAUUACCGAAAUGGACGCUCUAUGGGCGUGGCGUUCAAUAAGCUGGAGAAGGGUCCCGGCAUUUCAUUCUUCGCUGCUAUCUCCCUGGGUUACACGCAGGGCAUCGAGGCGAACUUUGGGAAUCGUCCGUUCAUGUAUCCAGUUCAAGGCUUUCAACCGCUCAUGGCCAGGCCCAUCCUUAAGUUAAGGCGAGCCAACCUGUUGAUGAACUACCUAAUCAACCUGGCUGGUAUCUUCUCCAAGUACAAUGCCCAAUCUGGGACGACUUCGACCACUGACACUGAGGCGCGCGUUUCAACAAAAAAGACGGUUUACUGCAUAUUUGCCACCUUGCUGAUUGAAAAGUUUACCAACGAGAUAUUUGAUCCCUACAUCAUCGAAGAUGUGCUGCUAAACAGGAUCUCGUGCUUGACCUCUCUGGCUGCGGAGAAGGAGAACCGACACAGCGUUCUGCAGGGUUUGCUGUCGCUAUUCUGGAACUACAUGGAGGGCGACGAGAUCAAGUUUGUGCUGCGGAAGUUGGUCAACGCCUUGCUGGGUACCUUUACGCAUACGAUCCAAGGACUGGACUAUGAGAAGCAUCGCCAGGCGCUGAGCAUGUUACAUUGCCUAUGUCUCCACGAGCAGACCAGAAAGUAUCUGCUGGAGGGAAAGCUGUUCAAGAAGCACUGUCUCGCCUUUUUUCUCUAUAUCCAUCCGCUGGAAUUCUACAUUAUGGAAGAGCUGCUGCCCGACACCAUGGCCUGGACAGAGGGAAUCGAUGGACCCAAGGAAAAAUAUCUGAAUGUUGUGGAGAAGGUGCGCAAGGUCACGGAGCCACUGUAUGCGGCGCAAAAGGACUUUCUCACCACAUUGUUGAUCAACACGGAUGGCACGCGGGAGAGUCCUUCAAGCCGCUCAAUAUUCUUGUCCAAAAUGCGUCGCUAUGUAAUCGAUCUCAGCAUGGAGCAGAGGCCCUUCCAUGCUUUCUUCUUCAUGCAGUCGAGCAUCCAGCAUCCCCUGGAUGCUCCUGUGGCCCUCGCCUUUGUCAGCAUCCUAAUUGAUCAGACGCGUGCGAUGUUUAAGGAGGAAAUGCCCAGCAAGAAUGUGGAAGUGAACAGCGAUUAUUUCAUCGAUGGUAGCUUUGACUACAUGCACUUUGAUCGCGUGGGAGGCGUCCUGUCCCAUUUGAGGAAGGUCCAUCGGGGCGAUAUCGAUAGCAGAUUAGGAGCGGCGCGAACUCAGCAAAUAUACGAUGAUGAUCGGCAAAACUUGCGAGUCAAUGAAGUUGAUACCACUCUUUACCUGCUCGGCGAGAACAUAAACAAUGUGGCGGUAGUCGGUCACACUCAGGGCGCCAGCAACACCACCUACACCCACUUCCUUAACCCCCGGCACAGCGGCACCGCAGAUUCCUCGCCUGGAAAUGCGGAUAUGGAGGCCAGUCUCUGCGAGCUCCUUGAUCUCUGCAUCAUCUUUUAUUACUCGGCGGGUCACAAGUAUAUUGUGAAGAUUGCCACGGUGAGGGAUGAGAUAGCAGCUCUGAAUGAAGUGCUCAAGGAGACGAAGUUCUACCGCGAGGACAUUGAACGUAAGCUGGGGGCUUUGGAGCAGCAUGCCAAUGUGUGCAUGAACGAGAAUCACCAGCAUGUGAUGAGCGAAUUACGAUCCAAGUUCAGCCAGCGCCAGAAUGUUUUUGCAACACGCUCAAUAGCCUUGUCUAGAAAGCAAAUCUGGCUUAGAGGCGUGGCUCUAAAUGGUCACAGGCGAUCACUGCUUAUAUGGUUGCUAGAGCGCAUGCUGCGAACUUUGACGAGUGCUUCAAACACGGGGCCUUUGUUCUCCUUCGUACCUGAGGUGUAUGUGAAUACACUGCCGAUUCUAUUGGAUGCCGUUAUGGACUUUAGUCAUCAUGACUUGAAGGCCCAGUUCGAGGCCUCAGAUGCGGAAUGUGGUGUCAACGCGGCAGCGGAGUUUCUUGGCAUUCACUCAGCCGAUCCGCGUAUUGUGCUCGCAUCCUGCAAGGACUCACUGCUGCAGGCUCUGGGUACACUCACCUGCCACAAGUCCGGAGUCCGCGCCCUAGAACGAACUUCGAAGAGAGCACAGGCAAGCCUGGUUCGAGCACUUCUGCGUCCCUAUGAGAACAGAGCUUGGGGCCAGAGCAACUGGCUGCUUUUGCGCUUUUGGAUGGGUGAGGGCUAUGCCUAUAAAGAUUCCCGCCAGCCAUCCGUUUGGCAGGGUGGAUCGCUACCUCUUCAUCAGGGUCUUUGUCGCAGUCGCUCUAGAAACGAGACGCACACAGGAUUGCUGCACAACGUGGCUCCGGCCAAUCCCUCGAAGCAUUUUCAACGUUUGAUCGGCGCCAAGUUGUUGGAGGAUGAGCCCUUUGCCACCGCAUUUCUGAACUCAGUGUUAAGUCAAUUAAACUGGGCCUUCUCGGAAUUUAUUUUGCUAUUGCAAGAGAUCCAAAACACCGCUCAAAGGCAGGAAAACACCCUGUUUGAGCCCAAGCAGCUGAAGAUUUGCUCCAUGUGCUUUGAGCUGACGGUCUCUCUGAUGCGGUGCCUCGAAAUGGUCAUCACAGCAGCCCCCGAGGUCGUUACGGAUGAAUCUCGUCCGAACAGUGAUCUCCUGCUGAAUCGCAUCUGCCAGCUGAUCAGCCAGGUUCUCUCCCGGGUGACAGUGCCGCCGGGAUGCUUCCAGUUCGUGGUGGACAUGUGCUCGGCAGACUUGAAUGCAGUUACCCACUAUCCCAUCGUGACCGCCGCCCUGGGCAUUCUGCUAGCCCUGAUGCAGGAGGAGAUGGAGAGCGACAUGAGGCCACAGAUUGUGACACGGGUGUCCAGGGCUUUCCUCACCGAUCCCAGCUUUCAGUUUGCCACGCUGGAGUUCGCAUUGGGAGAAAUACGAACACCACUGCUGGAGCAGAAGAACAUACCACGGGGUAACUUCGAUCCCUCUUCUAGGCCACACAUUGAUCCGCUGACCAAUGACGUGCGUGUUCCUUUGCCCAACAACUCCAAGCGUAUUCGGGCCGAUCCUCCAAUCCUAAAGUUUGCUCUCAAUGAUUUUCCCUCUCACGUGUCCACUGAGGAGAUCGACAACGUUCGCAGCCUAAUCGAGAGUUUGCGCGUAAAGCAGACAUUGCUUUCGGACAUCACACUGCCAUCGGAGGACUCACUGUGUCCGAUCUGCUGCGCCAAGCCCAUCACUGCCGUGUUCACGCCCUGCAAGCACCAGUCCUGCAGCGACUGCAUCAUGCAGCACAUGAUGAACUCCAAGGUGUGCUUCUACUGCAAGACCACCAUCCAAACCAUUGAGACGCUUGAUGGUACGGUCAUAUAUUCCAACGAGGAUGUAGUUCAGACGCCAAUGGUCGAGAGGGCCUAAAGGAAAACCCACCGAAAGCGAAGAAGGAUAUGUUCCUUCGAAAGCCCAACCAAGUCUAGUCAAUCCGAAAGACAAACUCCCACGCUUUAAGUGUAUAUAUACAUAUAUUUGGGUACAUUAACUUGUAUCAUUUCGUACAAUUUUUGUUUCAGUUGUAUGCUUGCCAUUAUAAGUUCAGAUGUGAUAUGCCAAAAGUGCAAUGUAACGAGUUGAAUAUAACCAAAAAUUAAAAUUAUUAGACAGAUUAAAAUUCGAAAAUAUAAUAAGUAGCACAAUAUUUUAAUCUAAGUUCAUUGUGUUUACACCAUUUUGCCAGUUUACUUUGCAAUUAUUUUAUAUCUAUGUUUAUGUCUCAUUUCUCACAGUCCUAUCUGCACUUAGUUAAAAGAAGAAACAAAGAGAAUGCAUUUAUUUUCAAAAUAAAUCAAGGAAGGUAUAAAUCUUGGUGAUUUAUAGUUUUGAAAAUGUCAACCUAAGAUCUCUUAAUUUUAAUGGAUGUACCAUUAUCUGAAAAGCAAAAAUAUAUGUAUUUUAAA